AAUGACCCAUCAGAAAGGAGUGAACUUGACAGACGUCAAGGUGAAUGACACACAGGAGUUCAUUCAGGUGAGACCCCACCAGGAAGGCAGCCUGGAAGACAUGUGGCGGGUCAGGAGCAACUGUGAAUCAGGUCGAAUUGUGGCUCUGAAAUGCUCAGAGUGCGGCCUACGCCCUGGCGCUGCGCGGGUGGUCGGGGGGGUGGACGCACCCCCAGGGCGCUGGCCCUGGCAGGUCAGCGUGUACCACGGCUCCCAGCACCACUGUGGAGGCUCCGUGCUGGCACGCGAAUGGAUCGUCACGGCGGCUCACUGCGUGCACAGUUACAGGCAGCUUCAAGCCUCUGCCUGGCUGGUUUUCGCAGGCAUUAUCACCCAUGGCUCGAUCAAGCAGGGGGCCGGCGUAUCAGUAAAGAAAAUAAUUUACCACCCACUUUAUAACGAUAAUAGCCUCGACUACGACAUUGCUCUGAUGAAACUGCAAGUUCCCCUGAAUUUCUCAGAUGCCAUCCGUGCUGUGUGUCUGCCACCCUCCCACCAGGACCUCUUCCAGGGCACGCAGUGUUGGGUCUCUGGCUGGGGCUAUACCAGACUAGACCAAGGACAAGUUACCGAGACACUGAAGGAAGCACUCGUUCCCUUAAUCGGUAGCAAGAGGUGCAAUAGUUCGUGCAUGUAUGCAGGCGAGCUGACUGCCAGGAUGCUGUGUGCUGGCUACCUGCAUGGGAAAAUAGAUGCAUGCCAGGGUGACAGUGGGGGCCCCCUGGUUUGCCAGGAUGAAUUCGCAUGGCGCUUAAUAGGCAUUGUGAGCUGGGGCCAGGGCUGUGCUGAACCCAACCACCCUGGGGUUUAUACCAAUGUGGCUCAGCUUCUGCCAUGGAUUUACCACAUCACUGAGUUAAAGCCAGAAACAGAAGGGUCUCCUCACUACCUGCCAUGGCUGUGCUCAGCUGACCCAGCAGGCAGAAUGGCCAUUCAGUUCUGCAAUAACUUAGGUGCAACAUGA